CAAACCCAAACUAACUAGACUCCCAAAGAGAUGACAACAAGAAGGUUCUCGCAGGAGGAGAAGAAACAGCUACUGGCGAAUCUCGACUUUGAAGUCGAACAUCGCAUCCGCCAGCUCGAAGAAUGGCUCCAGGACGCGCUCCAGAACUUUAAGCUCCACCAGGAAGGCCUCAUCUCACGCAUACCCAGGCCUGUUCGCGCAGUCAACAUGGCCGAGUUUGCCGACAAGUACGACGGCGACGUCCAGGCAUGUCUCCGCGGCCUCCAGAGCGCCCGUCUCGGCGCCGGCGGCACAGACGCGCUCGCGAUCGACAAGGACACGCGCAAGCGCAAGUGGGCAUCUGCUCAGGAGGAUGCAGACUCUUCUUCGGGGAACCUCAACAAUGCGGAUGCGGGGCCAUCUAGGCCGCCAAAGAACGCUCGUCUUGCUCCCAUGACACCCAAGAAGAAAGUUGGCCUCUCUACGAUACACGAGAGCGGACAGAAGCGUGUAUUUCAGAAGACGCCCGGCGCUACCAGAACAUUUGGCCGCCCUCCACCAUCCCCGAGCCCACAAAAGCUCACCAGGAAAACGCCUUCAGCCACAUCCACCUUCGCGCGCACCGCAUCCCCAUCCAAACCUACCCACUCGUCACUCUCCCGAGCUCAGAUCACGCAAUCUUCACAUCCACAACCACAAUUUUCGUCACGCCGCCCACCCUCAACAUCAACAUUCGCACCCACCCUCCCCAAAGCACCC